UGCUGGGACAUGCUGCGUGUUUGGUUUUGGCUCCUGGGACUGUGUCCCGCGCAUGCGUGGAUGGGGACUAACUUUCUGAUGACGGGGCCAAAGGCGUUUCUGACGUACGCCGUGAGCGUGCACGUGGGCACGCGCAGUGGCCUGGACGAGUGUAGACAUCAGUUCGCCUUGGACAAGUGGAACUGUCCCGACAGCGCCACGCAGCUCCGGGGCCUGAGGCGAGCCACGAGAGAAACGUCCUUCGUCCACGCCAUCAGCGCCGCGGGGGUCAUGUACACUCUGACCAGGAACUGCAGCCUGGGAGACCUGGACAACUGCGGCUGUGACGUGUCCAGGAACGGACAGACCGGGGGGCGUGGCUGGCUGUGGGGAGGCUGCAGUGACAAUGUGGAGUUUGGUGAGUCCAUUUCCAAACAGUACGUGGACGCGCAGGAGACGGGACAGGACUCUAGAGCCGCAGUGAAUCUCCACAACAACGAGGCCGGACGCAGGGCUGUAAAGGCCACGAUGAAGCGCGUGUGCAGAUGUCACGGGAUGUCCGAGAGCUGCAGUGUCAAAACCUGCUGGAUGCAGCUGUCAGACUUUAGAGACAUAGGAAAUUAUUUAAAAAACAAACACAAACAGGCGCAGAAACUGGACACUGAUCAGACGCGGCUGAGGGCGGGGAACAGCGCGGACAGCCGCGGGUCCAUCCUGGACGCGCUCCGCAGCAUCGCGCCCACUGAGCUCAUCUACCUGGAGGACUCUCCGGACUACUGCCGCAGGAACAGCAGCGUGGGGCUCCACGGCACCGAGGGCCGCGAGUGUCUGACCCACGGCCCCGGCCCGUGGGAGACAAAGAGCUGCCGCAGACUGUGCCACGACUGCGGCCUGGGGGUGGACGAGAGGCGCGUGCACGAGGUCACCAGCUGCAACUGUAAGUUUCACUGGUGCUGCCGCGUGCACUGUGACAGGUGCGCGCACGUGGUGCUCAAGCACGUGUGCGUGAGGAGGGACGUGCACGAGGCCAACGGCUCCAGGAGGAGACACAGAGGACACAGGACAUAACAUCUGUGACAGUGGACAGUGCUCUAGAGGAAAGAGGAACAAAAACUCAGGAAAAAAACAAAAACAAACAGUCCGUCCAGCUCCACAGGAGGAAGAGGAGGUGAUGAAGAUGGAGUUUGUCUGAUGUUUGCACUUUAUGUUUUGUUACGUGUUAAUUUAUGGAUGAUGUCACUCAAAUAAAAUAUAAAACAGUUG